AUGUCUUUUAGAGGUGGUAAUAACAGUUUUGGGAGUGUUCCAAUGGCUGGUACUCCGCAAUAUAGAUCAUAUCCAAAUCAAAGUUCAACAAGAUUCGGUUCUAAUUCUUCAUCUAAUUUUGUUUCUCAAUUCAAGAAUACAUUCGAAAAAUUGAAUGAUAAAGUGGAAAACUUGACAGAUUAUCCUCUUGUAAAGAGAUUACAACCAUACAUUCCAUCGAUAGCAAGGUUUUUUAUUGUGGCCACAUUUUAUGAAGACUCAAUCAGAAUUUUAACACAAUGGUCGGAUCAAGUUUUUUAUCUUUAUGAAUGGAAACGUUAUCCAUACUAUUUUGUUGUUUUGUUUCUGUUUUUGGUUAGUGUUGUUAUGUUUCUUGGUGCUACAUUGUUAAUCCUAAGAAAACAAACGGUUUAUGCUACUGGGGCCUUAUGCUCUUGUAUUAUCUUACAAGGCAUUAUUUAUGGGUUGUUUGCUGGUUCUUCAUUUGUUUUAAGAAAUUUUUCUGUCAUUGGAGGGCUAUUGAUUGCAUUUAGUGAUUCAAUUGUACAAAACAAGACCACAUUUGGUAUGCUGCCUGAAUUGCAUGACAAGAAUAAACAAUUCAAAGGUUACUUGUUACUAGCAGGUAGAAUACUAAUCGUUUUAAUGUUUAUUGGGUUUACUUUCAGCAAAUCGUGGUUAACUGUAUUAAUUAUUUUAAUUGGUACUGUAUGUUUUGCUAUCGGUUACAAGACAAAGAUGGCCUCUUUAGUUUUAGGUUUGGUAUUGACAUUUUAUAACAUCACAGUCAACAAUUAUUGGUUGCAUAGUCAAACAAAGAGAGAUUUCUUAAAAUACGAAUUUUAUCAGAAUUUAAGUAUUAUUGGUGGGUUGUUGUUAAUUACAAAUACAGGUGCUGGUGAAAUGUCUAUAGAUAAUAAGAAAAAAGUUUAUUAA